GAGAAAUAAACAGAAACACAAACUGGAUUUUAUUAGAAGAUUGUGUACCUCUUGAGCGUUUCCACAUUGUUGAAAGCAUGAAGUUGGAUAUUGAUGGUCUCCAAGUUUAUUUCCCGUAUGACUACAUCUAUCCAGAGCAAUUUACCUACAUGACAGAACUCAAGCGUUCUCUCGAUGCAAAGGGCCACUGUGCUGUCGAGAUGCCUUCUGGAACAGGAAAAACUGUGUCUCUCUUGUCUUUAAUCAUUGCAUAUCACAUGAAUAAACCCCUGGAAGUGACAAAGUUGAUUUAUUGUUCAAGAACUGUCCCAGAAAUUGAGAAGGUAAUUGAAGAAUUGAAGCACUUGUUGGAGUACUACAAAAAGGAAACAGGAAAGGAUCCGAACAUACUUGGCCUCGCGUUGAGUUCGAGGAAGAAUCUCUGUAUCAAUCCAGCUGUCAUCAAGGAACGUGAUGGUAAAUCAGUGGAUGCCAAAUGCCAUGCCCUCACAACAUCCUUCGUCAGAGCCAGGGCACAGCAUGACCCCACAGUGGAAGUCUGUAACUAUUUUGAGAGAUUUGAAACAACAGGGAAAGAGGUUCCACUUCCAUCUGGAGUCUACAGCUUGGAUGACCUGAAAGAAUAUGGCCGUGAGCAUGGUUGGUGUCCCUACUUCCUUGCCAGAUAUGCAAUCAGUCAUUGUAACGUUGUAGUCUACAGUUAUCACUACCUCCUGGACCCAAAGAUAGCAGAUGUAGUAUCUAAAGAACUAGCCAAGACGUCUGUCGUUGUCUUUGACGAGGCACACAACAUAGACAAUGUCUGCAUUGACUCGAUGAGUGUAACGAUCACAAGGAGAACACUGGACCGGUGUUCACAGAACAUUGACACACUAAACAGGUCUAUACAAAGAAUAAAAGACUCUGACGAAGAGCGGUUACAGGAGGAAUAUCGGCGUUUGGUUGUCGGUCUUCGAGAUGCCAAUGUUGCAAGAGAAACAGACAUUAUUCUUUCAAAUCCUGUCCUACCUGAUGAGGUCCUACAAGAGGCGGUUCCCGGCAAUAUUCGCAAUGGGGUACACUUCCUUGCAUUCAUGAAAAGAUUUGUAGAAUAUUUGAAGACGAGGUUACGAAUACAACAUGUCGUUUCUGAGACACCGCCAUCAUUUCUUAAAGACUGUGCCGGCCGAGUCUGCAUUGAUAGAAAACCACUCAGAUUCUGUUCAGAGCGUUUGCGGUCCCUCAUACACACAUUACAGUUGACAGACAUAGCCGACCUCUCCCCUCUCAUGUUAAUCUCGAGCUUCGCUACACUAGUCAGUACCUACACAAAAGGAUUUGUGCUAAUCAUCGAACCAUUUGAUGACCGUACACCAACCGUCCCCAACCCUAUACUGCACUUUAGCUGUAUGGAUGCAUCAAUUGCUAUCAAGCCUGUGUUUGAUCGCUUCCAGACUGUCAUUAUCACUUCGGGGACGCUGUCACCUUUAGAAAUUUACCCAAAGAUCCUUGACUUCAGACCAGUCAAUACUGCCUCCCUUACAAUGACCCUAGCACGAACUUGCAUUUGUCCUAUGAUCGUGGCCAAAGGAAAUGACCAGGUUGCUAUGACAUCAAAGUUUGAAAGCCGAGAAGACAUUGCUGUGAUGAGAAACUAUGGUAACCUUCUUGUUGAGAUGUCGUCCAUAGUGCCCGAUGGUGUGGUUUGUUUCUUCACCAGUUAUACUUACAUGGAGACAAUCGUGGCAGCAUGGUAUGAACAGGGUAUAAUAGACAACAUCCAGAAGAACAAGCUUCUCUUCAUAGAAACCCAGGACUCGGCUGAAACAAGCCUGGCGUUGCUGAACUAUCAGAAGGCCUGCGAAAAUGGACGUGGUGCUGUGUUACUCUCUGUGGCAAGGGGAAAAGUGUCAGAGGGAAUUGAUUUUGAUCAUCACCUGGGACGUUGUGUGAUCAUGUUCGGAGUGCCAUAUGUCUACACACAAAGUCGAAUCCUCAAGGCUCGGUUGGAGUAUCUGCGAGACCAGUUCCAGAUCCGAGAGAACGAUUUCCUAACGUUUGACGCCAUGAGGCAUGCUGCCCAAUGUCUGGGUCGGGUGAUGCGAGGAAAAACGGAUUAUGGGAUCAUGGUCCUUGCUGACAAGCGUUUUGGACGUUAUGACAAGCGUGGUAAACUGCCCAAGUGGAUUCAGGAACAUUUAAAGGAUACCAUGUGCAGCUUGUCAACUGAUGAGGCCAUUCAGAUGUCCAAGAGAUUCCUGCGCCAGAUGGCUCAACCAUUCACCAGGGAAGAUCAAUUGGGUGUGAGUCUGUUGACUUUGGAGCAGUUACAGAGCGUUGAACAACAGAAGAGAGUCGAGUCCCGGGCUCAGCAGGCCUGAGUCUGUUCAUUUUGGAACACUUAUGGUGCUGAAUCGAGUGCUCAGCAAGGUGUGUUCGAGUGCUAGUUUGAGGAAAAGCUGCUAUUUUGAGAGUGACAACAGACUUUUGUUUUGAUAUGCAUGAGAUUUGCAUAAUAUCCUAUACCCAUUGUGUUCAAUCACUGUGACUUCCAUUAUAGAGGGAUUUGCUUGAAUAAAUCUAUUUUUGUAAAU